AUGGAUCCCUACACCCCAAGAGCCAGAACUGGCGGAAAGAAGAAGAACCUGACGCUAUCUACGAAAGAAUACAACAAAAUCACGGACACCAUCGCGUCCGUAAGGCGUAAUCGACAGUACAUUGACGACGACCUCGGUGAGGACAUUGACCUGCGCAUCCCCGUAUCUCGUGAAAGCGGGAGAAGGAGACGUGACGAGGCAUCGUUCGAGGCGGAGAGGUCGUUCGUGCGCGCCCCACUCAACUCGCGCGUUGUGUCCGGCAGUGCACAGAGAGAAAAGGGGAAGGGCAAAGCGAAGGAGAACUCCCUCUAUGGCAUCCCGGUCGAGAUCCAGGAGGCGCUAGUCCUUGAGGAUCUGCUUUUCGUGCUUAUGGGCAUUGAGGGGAGCUACAUCACGUAUCACCAGGAUUACUCACCGGACGAUGAUGACCCCCUCAACGGCGUCAGGUUUGUCGUGUCGCCGUCUUUAGAUCCAUCGCUUCGGGACCUCGUCGAAAGGAUAUUACCGCUAGCCACUUACUAUACGGCUAUCAGUUCGUUCAUCGAGUUGCGCAGUCACCUGGACUUUGGACUCGUCAACCAUGCGUUAUGCGCGUCAAUGCGCGACAUGCUCAAAGACUAUCAGACAUUAUUGUCGCAGCUCGAGCACGCGUUCAAUACUUCGCCACACUUCACCCUACAGAAGCUCUGGUUUUACGUCCAUCCUACGUUACAUACCUUGUCCCUCCUCUACUUGCUCACGACCGAUUUGGCCACGGCGGAUGACCCAACAGCCGAGCUGUCUUCGUCUUCUUCAAGCAGCUCCGAUGCCGAAGAAGACGCAAGGAACGAGGCGUUAGGUCUCGGCGGUGCCAAGCUCAAAGCAGUCCUGUCGGAGAUUAAGACGACAGGCCUGGGAGUGGACGGUGGCGCGAGUGGGAUCGCGGUCAAAGGCGGUGAGGUCCUCGCAAUUUUGCACGAGCGCAUGCAGAACAUGUCAGGAGACCCCGCCGCUCGGGAGCUUUACGGCGCCCUGCUCCGGGACUCUGGGAAGCCUUACGUCGAGAUGGUCCAAGCUUGGAUCACAACAGGCAAGCUCGAUGACCCGUACGAGGAGCUUCUCGUCAAGGAGAGCAAGUUCAUCAAUCGCGGGACGCUGGAGAUGGACUAUACGGACGAGUACUGGGAACGGCGUUACACGCUCAGGGACGGAUCGACUCUAGGCGGCUCCUCGAAGCAGCACCAGGCAGGCGUGCCUCCUACCCGCUCAGUCGGCGGCCGUCUGCCAGGCGGAGCUUGCAUUCCGGGUGUACUCGAAAGGUGGAAGCACAAGAUCUUACUUGCCGGAAAGUACCUGAAUGUCAUCCGCGAGUGUGGCAUCGAGAUCCGGCGAGACUCUGGCCAAGAAUACGAAGAAGACCUGUCUAUGGACGAUGAGAGGUUCUACAAAUGUAUCGAGGAUGCCUACACCCAUGCGAACCGGACAUUGCUCCAACUUCUUCUCCGAGAUCAACAACUGAUUCCUCGUCUCCGUUCAUUAAAGCGGUACUUCUUUUUGUCUCAAUCAUCGUUCCUUACACACCUCUUGGACCUGUCUCACAAUGAACUCCGCAAAUCUUCGAAGUCCGCGUCUCUAGUCAAGCUGCAGAGUCUCUUGGACUUGGCGCUGAAUACAGAUGCUCAGGGCGAAGACGCCAUGUUCCGCGAGGAUGUGAAGGUCACGAUGGCCGGCAAUGGCUUGUACGAAUGGCUGCUGACCGUUGUGAAUGUCAGCGGUCUCGAAGAUGGCGAGACUGCGGAAGGGCACGGGCACGCCCACGAGUCGCAGAAGAAGGAUCGGGAGAAGGAGAAGGACGACAAGAAACAGAUACUUGCGAUUGACGCGCUCACUUUGGACUAUCAUGUCAAGUUUCCGUUAUCUCUCGUCAUCUCGCGGAAGACUAUUCUACGAUAUCAGCUCAUUUUCCGCUUUCUUCUUCACCUCAAACAUGUCGAGCAAUCGCUGUCCUCGAUGUGGAUAGAGCAUAAGACGACGGCGUGGCGCCGUCCCACCCGUCCCAGUGGUACUGGUCCCGACGCCGGUCGCCAAACGCCGCAUUCCCCACAGAAGGAUUGGCAUUCGGAGUUCGAGAACUGGCGCAAGCGCGUGUUCUUGCUCCGUGCACGCAUGCUCGCGUUUGUUCAGCAGAUCCUUGCUUUCACGACGUUUGAGGUCCUCGAGCCGAACUGGAGGAAACUCGAGGGUAAGCUUGAGGCAGGCAAGGUCGAGACUGUCGACCAGCUCCUUAGGGACCAUGUGGACUUCCUCGAUACAUGCCUUAAGGAAUGCAUGUUGACUAGUUCGAAACUGCUUCGGGCGUACUCGAGGCUGAUUGUCACAUGCUCGACAUUUGCCUUAUACACUGCUUCUUUCACUAAGUCCGCCAAUAAUGCUAUAGCUGCCGCCGACACGCCGGACGGGGAUCACUCGAUGGCGAAGCGAUGGGACAUCUUGGGGAAAUUUGAGACCAAUUUCAAUCACUGGUUCAAGGUUCACCUUGAUUGUGUGCAGUUCUACGCCUCCAGCGAGAAUGUGUCGCUGUUGCCUCUUGUUGUCAGGCUCAAUAGCAUAAAAUCUUCACACUGA